UUCACCAUCUCGGAGGAACAAAUAUGGACAAAGGCGACAAAUUUAAACCCCUCACAGUUCUGAUCACAGGGGUGAGCAGAGGGUUAGGGCGAGCCUUAGCGCUAUCAUUGGCAAAGCGCGGCCACACUAUCAUUGGCUGCGCUCGUACUCCCAACGCCCUUCACUCUCUUCAAAAGGAACUCGCCGCACUCUCCCCUUCCUCUUCUCACACCCACUUACUCCAAAUCACCGACGUGGCCUCAAAUGGUAGCGUUGAGGAGCUAUUUAAGGCUGUCUUGGAGAGAGAUCUUGUUCCUGAUAUCCUUGUAAACAACGCCGCUGUGAUUAAUGAAAACUCCAAGUUUUGGGAGAUUCCUCAACAUGUGUUUGAUUGUGUGAUUGAUACGAAUGUAAAAGGGACAGCCAAUGUUCUUCGGCAUUUCAUUCCUCUCAUGAUCCAAGGAGGAAAAGGAAUUAUUGUUAACUUCUCUUCCAUGUGGGGAAGAAAUGGUGCUCCCAUGUUUUCUCCGUAUUGUGCCUCUAAAUGGGCAAUUGAGGGCUUGACCAAAUCCAUAGCUUUGGAGCUGCCUAAAGGAAUGGCUAUUAUAGCACUUGAUCCUGGUAUUGUGAACACAGACAUGCUUGCUAUUAGCUUUGGCGAUUCAGCACCUGACUACCAAAAUCCUGAAGAAUGGGUAGUAAAGGCGAGCACAAUGAUCCUUAGUUUUACAUCGGAAGAUAAUGGAGCGUCUCUUACUGUUGAAUGAGUGCCUCUAACUGGGCAAUUGAGGGCUUGACCAAAUCCAUAGCUUUGGAGCUGCCUAAAGGAAUGGCUAUUAUAGCACUUGAUCCUGGUAUUGUGAACACAGACAUGCUUGCCUUUUGCUUUGGCGAUUCAGCAGCUGACUACCAAAAUCCUGAAGAAUGGGUAGUAAAGGCGAGCACAAUGAUCCUUAGUUUUACAUCUAAGGAUAAUGGAGCGUCUCUCACGGUUGAAUGAGGUGGAGCUUGAGUGAUGAACUUGUGUUUUGAGGAAGAAUUUGCAGAAAUAAAGAUCUCUUAAAGAACAUUAUUGCCAAAUUUUAUAGAUUAUAUUUCUAAAUUGUUUUCUUAAUAAGUUUGUGAAACAUAUACUUUGAUUAUGAUUAGCUUAUGACAUGUGAGAUACCUUCAUGUAUCAUGUAUUAAAAAUAUGAAUGAAAAACUAGGAAUAUA